CCGGCAUUCCCUGAAGUUUUAGAAUUUUCCGAAAGCGAGUGAAACGACGCCAUAUCUAAUCCGAAAGCUUGGUACUGUACUCAGUUGAAACUCUUCCUGGUUAGAAUGGAGAGUAAAAUGCCACAACCUGCACAAGGAGCGAGUUCUUCGACUGCCAAUCCGCAGAGCACCACUAAUUCCAGCCAAAAUUCUCCUGGAAAAUACGCAGAGCUUUUAGCAGUGAUCGAAGAAUUAGGAAAAGAUAUUCGUCCUACCUACGCUGGCAGUAAAAACGCCGCUGAACGUUUAAAGAAGGGUAUUAUGCAUGCUAGGGUGCUGGUUAGGGAAUGCCUCGUGGAAACUGACAGAUGUGCAAGACAGUAGCACCAAUGACCAGGUCAGCUCUUGUCAAGAAUAAAUGUCUGUUAUGAAGUAACAUUUCAAGAAAGCUGGAAGUUGUGGCCAUGAAAAGCUGUAACUGGAGAAGAAGUAUGAUGCAUCAAGCAAUUAGCAAAAUUCUCUGAUUCAAAAAUGCAUUUUUCAAUCUCUGAAGUCCAAACUUUUUCACCCUGGGAGCUAAAGAGAACUAUACAAUCAUGUAGAUGAUAUUGUGAUAGAGAAGUAUGCUCCAGAAAGCAUAUAACUUUCCUCUCUGCAAUGAAAAAUUGUAAAGAAAUUUUUCUCUUGCUGCUGUUUUUAUUCAUUUUUUUUAAUAGUAAGCUUAAACCUUUAGAAAAUUGUUGUAAAAGGUGUUAAAAGUUUGUCCAGGGAUGUCACCACUUUGAACUUUGUUCUGCAACUUGGCUGCUAACAUAUGAAAUAAUAAACCUUUACUUUGCAACAUGGAAUCAAUUUGAACAUGAGCUCAGGCUGAAUGAGGACAUAGAGGUGGAUAAUGAAGCAAGAACUGUUUGAGAAGCACAAGUUUUGGAUCCU